AUGCUGUGCCAGCAGGCGCAGGAAGUUAUCCGGCCACACACGCUGUGCCAGCAGGUGCGGGAAGUUACCCGACUACACACGCUGUGCCAGCAGAUGGCUUCGGAGGCGCUCGAGCAGGCGAACCUGACGGAGAACGUGACGGACGGGCCCGAUUACUGCGGCGCCGGCGUGGCGGCAUUCAGCCGGGGUUACCGCCAGCUACACGGCUACCUGGCGCUCUGCGUCUGCAUCUUCGGCCUCACCACCAACAUCCUCAGCAUCGUGGUGCUGACGCGCAAGACCAUGGUGUCGCCGACCAACGCCAUCCUGGCCGGCCUGGCCAUCGCCGACAUCAUGGUCAUGGUCAUGUACGUGCCGUUCACGCUCAACUACUAUCUUCAGGCGUUUGGCGAGGCCAGCUUCAGCUACAGCUGGGCCGUGUUCAUGCUGACGUACGUGCACGUGACGCAGGUGUUCCACACCGUCUCUAUCUGGCUGACGGUGGUGCUGGCCGUGUGGCGGUAUGUGGCGAUCGGACACCCGUCGCUGAACCGAGAGUGGUGCUCCAUGAAGAACACCUCCGUGGCCAUCGUGUCCGCCUACAUUUUCUGUCCGAUCCUUUGCAUCCCAUCCUACCUCACUUUCGCAAUCACGCCCAUGGGAAACUUCACCGACCGCUUCGUGGUCGGCUUCAGCGACCUGAGCAAGGGCAAUGACAAGUUCUUGGAGAAGUUCAACUUUUGGAUGUACAGCGUGCACGUCAAGCUGCUCCCGUGCAUCAUCCUGACCAUCUUCAGCUGCUGUCUGAUCAGCGAGCUCAUGAAGGCGCGCAAGCGGAAGGUGGAGCUGCUGAGGAAGAUGAGCGCCGGUCAGAGCAAGCAGUCGUGCGCCGAGCGUCAGGCGGUGCGCACCACGCGCAUGCUGCUGGCCAUCUUGCUGCUGUUCCUGCUGACCGAGUUCCCCCAGGGCAUCCUUUCGCUGAUGUCUGGCAUCCUGGGCAAGGACUUCCUGGGGCAGUGUUACAACAAGCUGGGCGACCUCAUGGACAUCCUGGCGCUCAUCAACUCCUCGAUGAACUUCAUCUUCUACUGCUCCAUGUCCACGCAGUUCCGCUCCACGUUCCAGCACCUGUUCCUGACGAACCGGUGGGUGCCAGUGCCGCUGAAGCCGUCCUCCACCGCCGAACAGACAGACUGCACCCGGCUGUAG